CUUUCAUCUUUAUUGCUGCUUUUCCCUAACUCUUGUUUUAUUGGCGCAUUUGCAUUGAAAUUUCAUCGGAUUCCUCAUCAGUCCCUCACUCUCUACUCCUCUCUCUUCAUCAAGCUUUUGGGUCAUCGCCGUGUUCCCUUUCCUUCCUGACCCUCUCUAACGUAAAGCAGGUAGGAUAGGAUGGGUAUUUCAUCUGAUGAAGAGUCUGAGAUCAGCGAGUCUGAGAUUGAUGACUAUUCCGAAACACCCUACCUGCUUUUACGCAACGGGAGCUACAAGGUCAAGGUUAAUGGACAGCUCAGAUGCCCGUUUUGUUCAGGCAAGAAGAAGCAAGACUACAAGUACAAGGAGUUAUAUGCACAUGCUACUGGGGUUUCCAAAGGAUCUGCCAGCAGAAGUGCUAAACAGAAGGCUAAUCAUCUUGCUUUAGCUAAGUUUUUAGAGAAUGAGCUUGCUGGUUAUGCAGAACCUCUUCCACGCCCUCCAGUUGUUCCUCCUCAGUUUGACGAGACUGAACCAAACCCUCAUGACGUCUAUGUCUGGCCAUGGAUGGCGAUUGUUCUUAACCCUUUGAAAGAAACAGAUGACAAGGAACUUCUACUUGAUUCAGCAUUUUGGUUGAAGACCCUUUCCAAAUUCAAGCCUAUUGAGGUGAAUGCCUUUUGGGUCGAACAAGAUUCUAUUGUUGGGGUUAUUGCUAAGUUUCACAGCGACUGGAGUGGGUUUGCCAGUGCCACAGAGCUUGAAAAGGAAUUUGAGACCCAAGGCUCCAGCAAAAAGGAGUGGACUGAGAGGAGCGGAGAUUCAGAGUCAAAGGCCUAUGGUUGGUGUGCACGUGCUGAAGACUUUAACUCUCAAGAUCCAAUAGGUGAGUACCUCUCCAAGGAGGGACAGCUAAGAACAGUUUCAGAUGUUUUGCAAGAAAAAGUGCAGGAUAGAAACACUGUUCUGGACGAACUUUCAAAGAUGAUUGCUAUGACAAACGAAGAUCUGAACAAGGUCCAAUACAGUUACAACAAGACGGCAAUGUCACUGCAAAGGGUCCUAGACGAGAAAAAAAGCUUGCACGAAGCUUUUGCUGACGAAACAAAGAAGAUGCAGCAGAUGUCACUUCGCCAUAUCCAAAAGAUCCUAUAUGACAAAGAGAGGCUAAGCGAUGAACUGGAUCGUAAGAUGCGGGACUUGGAGUCUCGGGCCAAACAAUUGGACAAACAGGAAGCACUAACUGAACUGGAGAAACAAAAGCUCGAUGAAGACAAGAGAAAGAGUGAUGCUAUGAACAGGUCCCUACAGUUAGCCUCUCGUGAGCAGAAAAAGGCUGACGAAAGCGUCUUGAGACUUGUCGAAGAGCAUAAGAGGCAAAAAGAAGAUGCUUUGAACAAGAUCCUUCUGCUUGAGAAGCAGCUAGACACCAAACAGACACUGGAAAUGGAGAUUCAAGAGCUAAAAGGCAAAUUGCAAGUGAUGAAGCAUUUGGGGAAUGAUGAUGAUGAGGCGGUCAAGGAUAAAAUGCAAGAGAUGAAUAAUGAGCUGAAUGAAAAGAAAUCUGAGUUAGAAGAGCUAGAGACGAUGAACUCAGUCCUGAUGACAAAAGAACGUGAAAGCAAUGAUGAGAUACAAGCAGCGCGGAAAAAAUUGAUUGCGGGUUUGACAGGAUUGUUGGGUGCUGAGACUGAUAUCGGAGUAAAAAGGAUGGGAGAACUUAAUGAGAAACCUUUUCUGGAUGUUUGCAAGCUGAGAUAUUCUGCAAAUGAUGCUACGGUUGAAGCUGCCACCCUUUGCUCGACAUGGCAGGAGAAGCUCAAGAAUCCAUCAUGGCAACCAUUCAAGCGUGAAGGAACCGGGGACAGAGCAAAGGAAGUGGUAGACGAGGAUGAUGAGCAGCUGAAGAAGCUUAAAGGAGAGUGGGGAGAAGAGGUGCACAAUGCAGUAAAAACAGCUCUUGAGGAGAUGAAUGAGUAUAAUGCAAGUGGUCGGUACGCAACUCCAGAACUGUGGAACUUCAAACAAGGAAGAAAAGCAACACUGAAGGAAGUGAUUACGUUCAUUUCAACCGAAAUCAAAACUCUGAAACGCAAAAGAACCUGAAGGAUUGGAGGAGGAAGAAGAAGAAUAAAUGGUUAAGCUUUAU